UAACUAUAAAUGGUUGGGGGAAUAAUUACAAAUGUCCGUUUUGUUACCUUAUUUGGAUCUAACAUGAAACCUGUCCUUAAAAUUUAAAAGGAAGAAAUUAUUAUAGCAAGGCUAUAGUGAAAAUUAUUACUAUCCAUUUAAUUCAUAUUGUACAAAAAUUAAUAUAGUGAAGAAAAAAAUUAUAUAUGUAUAUAAAUAUUUUCACAAAAUGUAUUCUUAUAAUUAUGAUGCAGUAAAAGUCAUUACUUCCAUGGAAGAAAUGCAAGAAGCUUUUCAAUUAUUUGACAUACGAGGAGACAAUAAGAUUCAUAUCUCUCAGAUUGGUAAUGCAUUACGAGCCUUAGGUCAAAAUCCAACUGAAUCUGAUGUUAAUAAAUUCACUCAACAACAUAAAGCGGAUGAAAGAAUAACUUUUGAAGUUUUUUUGCCUAUAUAUCAAGCAAUAUCAAAAAAUCGAUCAUCAAAUACUGCUGAUGACUUCAAUGAAGGUUUACGUCAUUUUGAUAAAGAUGGCAAUGGAUAUAUUUCAUCAGCUGAGUUACGCCACUUGCUUACAAGUCUUGGAGAGAAACUUACAGAUGACGAAGUAGAACAAUUACUUGCUGGUCAAGAAGAUUCUCAAGGAAAUGUAUCUUAUGAAGAAUUUGUUAACAUGGUUAUGUCUGGCUGAAUUAAAUUUUAAAUAUUCUAUAAAUAGCAUGUCUAAUAACAAUUCAAAAUAUUUUUAUAUUUUUUUAAUAGCCAACUAUUUUUGUAUCAACUUUGUAUGACGGAACAAAGAACUAAUAAAAUAAUAAUAAAUAAAAAAUUCCAUUAUAUUAUUGACCUAAUUAUUACUUAAAAUUUAUAUAAUUUAUUAAUGUAUAUUAUUAUAUUUAUGUUUUAGAAAUUUUUUUAUUAAAUGUUAUAGUAUUCACUAAUCAAAAUUAAUAAUAAUUACUUUAUCAAAAAUGA